AUGGCCCUUUUCGCACGCCAGAUCUGGACUUUGACCCUCAAGAACCUCCUGGUUGCCUUUGUGCGCCGCUGGUUCACGAUCACAAUCCGAGCAUUUCUCCUGCCUUGUAUCUUUGUCGGCUUCCUGUCCUAUGCACGAUACCUCUUCAUCCCACCCUCGGUCUAUGGCUUGGGCCGUGCGACUCCUGUCCGAAGUCUUUCCGAUGCACUCGACCUCGUAUCCGGUGGCAGGGACAAGCUGGUCUUCGUCAACAACGGGUUCUCUGGAGGCGCAAUAGCUUCGGUUGUCGAUCGAGUCGCGAGUGAGACUGGAGCCUUCGGCGGCCAGGUUGAGGUCUUGUCCAGUGAGGAGGAUCUGUUGACUGUGUGCAGAAACUCCAUCAGAGGAACAUCGACCUGCAUCGCUGGGGCGGUCUUCUUCUCUUCGCCCACGGAAGGAGAAGGCGGUCGUUGGAACUACUCCAUCCGAGCAGACGGGGGCCUGCAAAACAAGAUCGUGACUGAUUCAUCCAAAAAUGAUGUCGAGAUCUAUAUCCUUCCAUUACAGCAUGCCAUUGACCGGGCCAUCUCCGAGUUGGAAGUCGAUAACGAUGGAGCAACUGCAAUCCCGCCUUACGUCGAGGAAUACCCGUACACGUCUCAAACCAAGGAACAACGGCAGGCCCACAUCCGCACGAGGUACAUGGGCGGCAUCAUCGACAUCCUGGCUGUUGCUUUCUUCAUUGGCGUGGUCGGGGUCGUUUAUCAACUCACUGGCCUGAUCGCUGCUGAGAGGGAACAGGGUAUGGCACAACUACUUGACUGCAUGAUGCCCAAUUCCAGAAGAUGGCAACCUCAAAUGGCGAGGAUCCUGGCCAAUCACCUCGCCUUCGACAUACUCUACGGUCCAGGCUGGAUUGUGAUGGCUAUCAUCCUUUCAGUGGGCGUCUUCAGCAACACUUCGGCUGCAAUAGUGAUUGUCUUCAAUAUCCUAUCUGGACUGGCAAUGUCGUCGUUGUCGAUUCUGGGGGCCGCCUUUUUCAAGAAGGCCCAACUCUCUGGUAUCAUCUCGGUCAUUGUGAGCUUGCUGCUAGCCGUAAUUGCUCAAGUCGCAAGUAAAGCCGGAACCGCAUCUGUCGCAGUAUUGUCACUUCUAUUUCCACCGAUGAACUAUGUCUACUUUACAAUCUUUAUGGCCAGAUGGGAAAGGCAGGACCUUUCUACUAAUCUUGUCAAGGAAGCCCCAGAAAACACUUCGGCUCUGCCGGGGAUUGUCCUAUGGAUAUUCUCAGUCAUUCAGAUACUGGCUUUUCCCAUUCUUGGUGCAUAUUUUGAGCGAACCCUCUAUGGCACCGCAUCAAAGGGUCGGAUAACGACACAUUCCGAGUCUCUGGCCACAGUCUCCCUCAACGGAUUCACCAAGGAGUAUCAGCCGUCCAUGUUUGCCAAGGUCCGAUCUGUAUUCACCAGAAAGGAACUCAGAACAGUGCUGGCGGUGAACAAUCUAAGCUUGGAAGCUGUAAGAGGGCAAAUCAUGAUUUUACUCGGCGCGAAUGGAAGUGGCAAGUCCACAACGUUGGACGCAAUUGCGGGUUUGAUUUCGAUAACGUCAGGCGAGAUCAAUGUCAAUUACCCAGAAGAGGGCACUGGCUUGGGACUGUGUCCCCAGAAAAAUGUCCUGUGGGAUGACUUGACUGUGGAGGAACAUGUUCGUAUCUUCAACAGAGUCAAGAGCAAAGAGCCGGCAGCCCAGACCGAGAACAUGCAGCUGCUCACGUCGUGUGACAUCGCAACCAAGGCUAAUGCGAGAUCGAAGACCUUGUCAGGAGGGCAAAAACGCAAACUACAGCUGGCCAUCAUGUUCACGGGCGGGUCGCGGGUCUGCUGCGUGGACGAGGUCUCUUCUGGACUGGACCCUCUAUCGCGACGAAAGAUAUGGGACAUCCUCCUGGCGGAGCGUGGAUCCAGAUCCAUCAUUCUCACAACUCACUUCCUAGACGAGGCUGAGUUGCUUGCUGACCACAUCGCGAUUCUUUCAAAAGGUAUGCUGAGAGCUUCGGGAACAGCCGUCGAGCUCAAAGAUAGACUCGGGGCGGGUUACCGAGUGCACGUCUAUCGCAUCCAUGGCACGCAUCAGAACACCAUUUACAACGACAUCGACCAUGUUCGGCACGAAGAUCAAACCAUAUAUUCGUUGACAAGUUCGGCGAAGACAGCGGAAUUCCUCGUACGUAUCGAGAAAGAUGGAGUCGGGGAAUACCAGGUCAAUGGGCCCACGAUUGAGGACGUUUUCCUGAGACUUGCCGAGGAAAUCGAACCCUCACCCAUCCACUCCACGAUCGUAAGUCAAGAUGAAGUCUUGCAGAAAGUUGCCAGCCAAAAUAGUAAUGAACGUGCCGCUGCCAACGGGGCCAGUGCGGUUGUUGAAAGAUAUCAAUCUGAAGGUGCCCCAAGACUCCUCGACGGACGCCGAAUCAGCAUGCCGCGACAAGCUGCAGUACUCUUUUCCAAGAGACUCGUCGUUCUUCGCCGGAACACUCUGCCCUACCUGGCGGCGCUGCUCAUCCCAUUCAUUGCAGCAGGUCUGGUCACCCUCUUCCUUCGGGGUUUUGAAAAGGCCGGCUGCGAUCCGAUUUCGAGUGUAACCGUCUCCGAUAUUAUCUCCCUGUCAAGUCAGGUCGACUACGAACUUGUUGCAGGGCCGCAAGACCGCCUCGGGGAAGAUGCAGUCCGGCUCUUUGCUACCUCGCUCUCAGGAAGCACAGGCGGCACGAGUGUGGCAGCCAACACUACACAACUCCUUGAAUCACUACAUCUCGUCGACACACUGGACGAUUUCAACAACUACAUCCGCAGCAAUUACGCCAUGGUGACCCCUGGCGGCUUCUUUUUGGGCGAUGAGACCUCCCCACCUACCUUUGCAUGGCGAGGGAACGGCAAUGUGGGCUUUUCCGUCAUCAUUCAGAACGCCAUGGACACCAUCUUGAGCAAUGUUUCCAUCUCCAACCAGUACCAAUCCUUUGACAUACCGUGGCCUGUGGAUGCCGGCAAAGCGUUGCUUCUGAUCACUUAUUUCGGACUCGCAAUGUCCGUUUACCCGGCAUUCUUCGCCCUGUAUCCGACAAUCGAACGACUGCGCAAUGUCCGCGGUCUGCAUUACAGCAAUGGCGUCCGUUCCACCCCGCUGUGGCUGGCAUAUACGGCUUUUGAUUUCACCAUCGUCCUGAUCACCAGUACGAUUUCGGUCAUCAUCUUCCGGGCGGUCAGCGACAUAUGGUACCACAUCGAGUAUCUCUUUGUGGUCUUCUUCCUGUAUGGCUUGGCUUCGACCCUCCUGUCCUAUGUUAUCUCGCUAUUUUCCAAAUCUCAGCUUGCGGCAUUUGCGUUUGCCGCUGGCGGUCAAGCGGUCAUGUUCCUGUUGUAUUUCAUUGCUUACAUGAGCGUUUUGACGUAUUCACCGGUCGACAAGAUCGAUAGCUACGUCAAUGUUUGUCAUUUUGCCAUUGCGACUGUAUCACCAAUCGCGAACUUGACUCGGGCUCUAUUCGUUUCGUUGAACGUAUUCUCCGUCACAUGUCGCGACCGGAAACUGGCUUCUUAUGCCGGCUCAAUGACAACCUUCGGAGGUCCGAUAUUGUAUCUGGUCGUGCAGUCGUUCUUUCUGUUUGGACUGCUGCUUUGGUGGGAUUCAGGGCCAUCCUUACGACAGAUUUACAGAAGGCAACAGGAAGCUGAAGUCGAAGAGAAGGACGCCGUUGAGCCCGAGGUGACGAGCGAGCUAACAAGGGUAUCUUCAUCACGGGAUGGUCUUCGCGUCCUCCACCUGACAAAGCGUUUUGGAAAGAACAUAGCAGUGGACAACGUGACCUUCGGGGUACCGCGAGGCGAGGUAUUUGCUCUUCUGGGUCCUAAUGGAGCAGGCAAAUCGACCACGAUUUCUUUGAUCAGAGGCGACAUCCAGCCAGACUGGCGAGGUGGAGAUAUUCUGGUAGAAGAUAUUUCUGUCAUACAACAUCGUGCGCAGGCCAGGUCUCGCCUUGGAGUCUGUCCUCAAUUCGACGCUAUGGACACGAUGACGGUGGCAGAACACCUUCGAUUCUAUGCGAAGGUGCGCGGAGUCAGCGAUCCUCGCCACAACGUGCAAGCGGUCAUGAGUGCAGUUGGCCUCGAACAGUAUGCUGAUCGCAUGGCUGCCAAACUGUCAGGAGGCAACAAGCGGAAGCUGUCACUGGGGAUCGCUUUGAUGGGCAACCCCAGUGUGCUCUUACUGGACGAACCGUCCUCCGGCAUGGAUGCGGCCAGCAAGCGAGUGAUGUGGCGGACACUGGAGUCCGUGGUGCCCGGUCGCUCUCUCGUGCUCACAACUCAUUCCAUGGAAGAAGCGGACGCUUUGGCGACCCGAGCCGGGAUCAUGGCAGGGAAAAUGCUGGCCCUAGGGACGACUGAGUACCUGCGACGAAAGCAUGGGGAUGCGUAUUAUGUUCAUCUGGUUCAUCAACAGGCGCCGCACGCUCCUGACACAGAGAUGGAACAUAUCCGACACUGGAUUCUCAACAACUUCCCUUCCGCAGACAUUGAAAGCAAGGUGUAUGCAGGACAGAUCCGCUUCUCCGUCCCGACGACAGGGCAACGCACGACAGAGGGUGCAACCAAGACCGGAGCAGGCAUAUCAGCUCUCUUCAGCGCUUUGGAGAGAAACAAGUCUGACCUCCGGGUUCAGUACUACAGCGUCAGUCGGACGACAUUGGACCAAGUAUUUCUCAAUAUUGUGGGCAAGCACAGGGUCGAGGAAGAAGGAGCGGCGACACCGACGUCCCGGUCCAAAUUCCGCUUCGCCACCGGUCUGAAGAGGUUGCGUUCGAGCAUCUCCGCGAAAUGA